AUGGCUGCUAUAUGCGCGCCCAGACUUGUUGCCUCUCGCCGGUACGCCGCCGCGGGCCGCCGGGCGCGCGGCCGGAAAGAGUGGCCAAAUGGCGAACCCCGCCUAACACGUACCUGCGCACGGACAAAACCACGCCCAAUCGCGGUCGCGCAUGGAGAACCCCUGAAAAAGCGCGACCGUCGCAGCUCACAGGAAGCAAGCAUGCCGCCCGGGCUGGCCGCUGCCGCUCCCAUCGGCCGCCGGCUCUCGACCGCGGCCACCACGCCGCUGUCCGGCCUCACCGACGCGCUCCUCGUCACCCGCCUCGCUAGCCACCUCCUCACCACGCCGCACCUGCCCCGCCGCGCUGCUGCCCGCGGCGCCGCUGCCGCUCCCCGUCCACCUCCUCAUCCUCCGCCACCCGGCGCUCCCACCGGCCUCCAAGCUCUCCUUCUUCCUCGCCGCCACGCCGCCCGCCUCCUCCGCGCGCUCGCCGCCGGCUCCCCGCCGCUCCUCGACGCGCUCCUCCCGUUCGCGCUCUCCUCCGCGUCCCCGUCCACCCUCCUCCCCGCCCUCCUCUCAUGUCUCCUCUCCGCUUCGCGCCUCGACGCCGCGCUUUCCCUCUUGGACGCCUCGCCGCCAGACCUCCCUCGCCUCGCCGCAGCUGCUCUCCCUUCCCUCAUAACCUCCCCGAACCUCAUCGCCGCCGUCCCCGCCAUCCGCAAGCUGCUUCCCAUCGCCUCCCACCCACCACCCGUCCGGGCAACGAACCGCCUCCUCCUGGACUUAUCGAAGGAGAACCUCUGCGAUGACUUCCGCUAUGUGUUCGAAGAAAUGUCGAGGAGGGGCCUCCCUUCGAAUGUAAGGUUAUACAACAUUUGCAUCCACGCGUUUGGCAAGUGGAGGCAGCUGGGUAUGUCGCUGAGGCUUUUCGCAGCAAUGAAGGCCGCCACUCCUCCUGUUGCGCCAGACAUAUGCACGUAUAAUUCAGUCAUCCGGGCGCUUGUGGUUGGUGGACGGGUACCUGAUGCUUUGGUGAUUUUUUAUGAAAUGAAAUCUUCUGGAAUUGAGCCAGAUGUCUUUACUUAUCGAGCAGUCAUGAAUGGGUGCUGCAAGAGUUUUCGGAUGGAUGAUGCACUGCGUGUGUUUCAGGAGAUGCGGGGCAGCAGUGGGGUGAAGAGUGAUGUGGUGGUGUACAAUUCACUUCUUGAUGGGCUGUUUAAAGCGAAGAAGCUUGACGAGGCAUGCGGUUUUUUUGAGACAAUGGUGGCUGAUGGAAUCCAAUGCUCAGCAAGCACACACAACACUGUGAUAGAUGGGCUGUUUGAGAAUGGGAGGGCAGAAGCAGCAUGUUGGCUUUUUAAAAAGCUAAGAAUGAAAGGGCAACUGAAGGAGAUGGAGCAGCAAGGCUUCAGUGUUGAUUUGGUUACAAUAACAUCAUUGCUAAUAGGUUUUAACAAGAGUAAACGUUGGGACUUGGAAGAGCAAAUAGUAAAGUUUAUAAGGGACGGCUCUGUAUUGCCGGAUGCCAUUCGGUGGAAAUCAAACAUGAUGGUUGCCUUGAGGGGACCUCAUGGCAGAGAGAAAGAUGGGACACCACUGUUUUCCUUUGAUGGUAAUAUGGAUGAUGUGAUGAGUUUGGUUAACCAUGUGGGACAUACAGGUACUGAUGAAGAAACCCCAAAUAGUGAUCCCAAGGAUGAUUGGUCACUGUCACCACACUUGGAUCAUCUUGCUAAACAUGCUGACAGUUUGAACAGCCCUGCUGUAUUUACAAUGCACAGAGGGCAGAGGGUGCAAGGUAUGGGUGCCAAGACUUUUGAUGCUGACAUGAUCAAUACAUACUUGUCAAUUUUUUUAGCCAAAGGGAAGUUGAGUGUUGCUUGCAAGUUAUUUGAGAUCUUUACGAAUCUAGGAAACAAAGGGACAAGUUAUACAUACAAUUCACUGAUGACCUCCUUUGUCAAGAAGGGCUAUUUGAAACAGGUAUGGGCAAUUCUUCAUGAGAGGGGUGGACAGCUCUGCCCUAAUGAUGUAGCAACAUAUAAUCUAAUCAUUCAAGGUCUUGGCCAGAUGGGGAAAGCAGAGGUUGCUAGCACAAUUAUUGAUCGGUUGUCAAAGAAAGGUCUUUACAUGGACAUUGUCAUGUAUAACACUUUGAUCAAUCAGUUGGGAAAGGUCGGAAAGGUUGAAGAAGCAGGCUUCUUGUUUGAGCAGAUCAUCAGAAGUGGCAUGAAGCCAGAUGUUGUUACUUUUAAUACAUUGAUCAAUAUUAAUGCAAAAGCUGGUAGACUAAAGGAAGCUGACAAAUAUUUGAGGAGGAGGAUCGCAGAAGGCAUUGCGCCAAACUAUGCCACAGAAACAGUAUUGAUUUUCCUUGAUAAGGAGAUUGAAAAGAGAAGGCAGCAGCACAAAUGA